AUGGAUUCUCUUCUCUCACUCCAAACCCCAAGCAACAACCCACACCCUCAUUCACCGCCAGGCCUCACCCCAACGCCGUUACGGUUACAACCAACACAAACGCCGUUACUAGUUCCAAAACCAGAGCCUCUCGACGAUUUCUUCUUUUCUAAUAAUUCCCAACAACGCCCUCACUGGUUCCCUCACCAGCAACAACUACAACCACCCCAACCUAACAACAACGAGUUUGAGUUACACGCGCCACCAUUCGCGUCUGCUUCUCCAGAAGAACAAGAAGACUCCGAACUCUACAACCACUUCUUCCGAGUCUCUCAGCUCUUCCGUACAGCUUUCUCUGAUACUCUCUUCCAAAAGGACGCCGUUCCGGAACCCGUGACGCCACAAUUACAGUCACAGUCGCACCCGAAUUUUCAAGAUUCUCUUUCCUAUGCUUCUAGUUCCCAACCUGAACCUGAGGCUGAGGCUGAGGUUGAGGCAACGCCCGAAGCGGAUUCACGCGCCUUGGUUCCCGUUCCGCCAUCUUCGUCGUUGGUCGUCGCGGCUCCUUCGAAGCGCGUAAGCAAGAAGAAGCAGCUGGUGAGGGUCUCCGAACUCCGCCUUCACGAGCAGCUUCAUUUCCGUGAGGUCGUGAGGCGAACGAGGAUGAUCUACGACUCGAUCCGCGUUCUCUGA